GAUAAAGAUACUAAAAAAUUGUUAGAACUACCUUGUAGAAAUUUUAUUAAUUUUAUAUCUGCUCGAGCAUAGUAUUUUACUUUAUCGAUCCUAUCGCAAUCAUACUAUUUUGUUUACAGAAAGAUUGUGAACUUAAACGUAAUAUAAUUGUGAUUUUGUUUAGAAUAUUUAAUUUAAAAUAAGAUAAAAAUAUUCACCCGUAUGAAAUUAUUGUAUCCGAUAACAACGGAAGAGAAUUUUUGUUCUAUACAUUUUCGCAUGAAAUAUUAAUAAUGACAGAACCCAUUAAAACAACAGAAAAAUCGAAGAAAAUUAGUGCGAUAAAUAAAGAAACAGUUCAUCAAAUUUGUUCUGGCCAGGUGGUUCUUGAUCUUGCAACUGCUAUAAAAGAAUUGGUAGAGAAUAGUUUAGAUAGCGGUGCUACAUUAAUUGAUAUUAAGCUCAAAGACUAUGGCAAAACCUAUAUCAGUGUCAGUGAUAAUGGUAGCGGUGUUUUAGAACAAGAUUUUGAAGGAUUAGGGUUGAAGCAUCAUACAUCUAAACUUAGAGAAUUCUCAGAUUUAACAGAAGUUAACACCUUUGGAUUUCGUGGAGAAGCUCUUAGUUCCCUCUGUUCUUUGGCCGAAGUAAAUAUUAUUACAAGACAUUCAACCAGUGAACAUGGUUUCAAAUUAGAAUUUGAUCAUAAUGGUAUACUGAAAAAAAAGGAAGCAUGCGCAAGAGAAAAGGGAACAACUAUACAUAUUAAAGACAUUUUUAAGUGCCUUCCAGUAAGGGCAAAAGAAUUUUACAAAAAUAUAAAAAAGGAAUAUACUCGUGCUAUUCAAGUUCUAUAUUGUUAUUGUUUGGUUUCUACCGAUACAAAAAUAACGUGUUCUAAUUCAGUGUCGGGUAAACCUCCUAAUCUUGUAGUUAACACUACAAGUUCCAGUAAUAUUUUGAAUAAUAUUAAUACAAUAUUUGGUAAAAAGUCUUCUAAUGGACUAGUUAUACUUGAAUUGCUACCUCCUGAUGAAGCAAUGUUAAAAGAAUACAACUUACCAAGUAAUAUAGUUAUGGAUUUUGAAUGGGAUUGUUAUAUUAGUAGUUGUGAUCAUAAUGUUGGACGUUCUACUCCUGACAGACAAUUUUUUUAUGUAAAUAGUCGACCAUGUGAUCUCACAAAAGUUAAUAAAUUAAUAAACCACACGUAUCAUAAAUAUAAUAACAAACAAUAUCCGUUCGUCUUCCUAAAUUUAAAAUUGAACAAACAAUCGACCGAUAUUAAUGUAACUCCAGAUAAGAGAACUAUUUUCUGUACACAAGAACGUUUAAUAUUAGCAACCCUAAAAUUUAAUUUAAUAACAAAAUGGGACAAAUUACAAGGAAAUUUAACAGCCACACCUGUAAUUGAAUUAAACUUUGGAGUGAAAAGAACAAUUUCUCCUACAAAUGAUCAUCCAGCAAAGAGAUUGCAGACUUUACAUACAGUAUCAAGUACAGGACACGUAGAAAAAAAGAAUAUACAAUACGACGACGAUAAUAUACAAAGUGAUACAAUAAAUCAGAUAAAAAUAUUAGACAGCGUAGAAAUGCCAAUUAGUAUUUUAACGAUAAAACAAAAACUUCAAGAAAGACAGAAUAUAUCAAAACAAGCGAUUACGCGUACAAAAAUAAAGUAUAAAGCACAAAUAGAUUCGAAUCAAAAUUCUAAAGCCGAAAACGAAUUGAAACGAGAAUUAACGAAAGAAUCAUUUAUCAAGAUGGAGAUCAUAGGUCAAUUCAACCUUGGUUUUAUAAUAGCUCGCUUAGAAGAAGAUCUAUUUAUUAUUGAUCAACAUGCUACAGACGAAAAAUUUAAUUACGAAAAACUUAAUAAUGAAAUACAGUUAAAAACUCAGAAAUUAAUUAUUCCUAAGUCUUUAAAUUUAUCUUCGUUAAAUGAAACAAUACUAAUUGAACAUCAGAAAAUAUUUGAAGACAAUGGUUUUUCUUUUAAAAUCGAUGCUGAAGCCGAAACUGGACAUCGCGUCGAGUUAAUAGGUAUACCAGUUAGUGGAUAUUGGCAGUUUGGACAAGAAGAUAUAGAAGAACUAAUUUUUCUUAUUAGAGAAGGUGGUAUGGAAAAUAAAGAAAAUCAUAUAUAUCGUCCAAGUCGAGUAAGUCAAAUGUUAGCGUCAAGAGCUUGUCGCGCUGCCGUUAAGAUCGGCACAUUUCUUAACAAUAAUGAAAUGCAAAAAUUAGUUAUGCAAAUGGCACAAAUGGAAAGUCCUUGGAAUUGUCCCCAUGGCAGACCAACUAUAAGACAUCUAUUAUCGUUACAUCUUACUUGCAAAUAAACUACACACUUGUAUUUUACAUUUUGUAUAUUAAAUAAAAUAGUAUUUAUCAGCCGAUUGCAGCGGGAAAAAAUAAAUUACAA